UCUCUCUCUCUCUCUCUCCCCCUCUACUGUCUAAGAUAGGACCAAUUUCAAAAACGUUUCUCUCUCGUAAUUUGAUCCCUCGCUCGCUAUAUUUUCUCUGCCAAGAAUCUGACAAGAAAAUGGUAUAGAUAAUCACUCAGAGCUACAAAACCCUACUCUUCCCGGUCGUCUUCUUCUUUUUCUAAAGAAUUGUUUUCAGGAAAAUGAAAACUGUUGAAACCCUACCAGAAGCCCUAUGUGAAAGUCCCUCUCUGUCUCAGGAACCUUGUAAGAAACCAGACCAUGAUACCAAACUCUCUAAAGAUGCCUCCAAAACUUCUCCAGCUAAAAGCAGUAAAGAAAAUGGACUUAGGGUUUCUGUAAAUGGAAAGGAAGAUUUUGGCAGUAGUGAUUUGGGUGGUGGAGUGGUAGGAACUGAAGUUUCAGUUGAGAGGGGCCGUGAUACUGUUGAUUUGGGUGAUAAUGAAGUGGGUCUUGAGGAUUCUGAGAUAAAUGGAGCGUCUUCUUUGUUAAAAAUGCAUGAAAGUAGUGAGAGUUUACUAGGGCUAGGCUCUUUUUUAGAUGUUAUUGAUAGGACAGAGAAAAGGGGCUUUGAAAGUGUUGACGGCAUUUCUCUUGUUGCAGAUAUCUGUGGGAAUGUUCAUCGAAGUGACAUGAAAGCAGAGAGGAAAUUUGGCAGGAGUGUGCAGAGGGAUUCAUUUGAUGCAAACGAAGGGUGCCCAGAUGGGAAGGACGGAGAAUUGAGUGAUAGCAAGAAUUGGGAUGGGGAGGAUAAUACGGGAGAUGAAGGGCAUGAAUUUAGGGUUGGUGAUUUUGUUUGGGGCAAGAUUAGAAGUCACCCUUGGUGGCCAGGGCGGAUUUAUGAUCCAUUAGAUGCAUCGGAUUCUGCCAAAAAAGUCAAACAGCGGGAUAAGAUUCUUGUGGCUUACUUUGGAGAUGGCACAUUUGCAUGGUGCAGUCCAUCUCAGUUGAAGCCUUUAGAUGAUAAUUUUUUGGAGAUGUCAAAGCAGAGUAGCUCAAAGAACUUUUUCAAUGCAGUAGAGAAGGCAAUGGAUGAGGUUGGUAGACUUGUCGACUUGAAGAUGACUUGCUCUUGUGUGCCAAAAGAGAAUUUGAUUGGAUUUGGUAGAACGUUGGCUGUGAAUGCUGGAAUUAAGGAAGGCCUUCUUGUGCCUGAAGGUGGAAUUGAUAAGUUUUCAACUUCCUUGUUUCAACCAGCAGAAUUUCUUCCUGCAUUAAAAGAUAUUGCGCAGGUUGCUACUGUUACUAACAUGCUAGAGUUCACGGUGUUAAAGAGUUGGUUAUCAGCUUUUUAUCGUGCAAAGGGAGGCCACCAGUUGCCUUCUUAUUAUGAACCAAAGCCAAUUCCAGGCCUUGAUGAUGACACCAGAAAUUUGAUAGGCGACUCAAGUAACUGCAAUAAUGGAGUGGAAGGCAGAAUUCAAGGUCCAGUUGAAGAAGAUUGGCUUUCCUCACCGAGAGGUCUCAAUCAUAGCCAGACUUCUCAAAGCACGUUGCACAAGUGCCAAGGGGUUUCGGAGGAUGCACACUAUCAGAGAAGGAAGCAGAAAAGCCUUGCUGAAAUCAUGGAGGAGCACCCAGAUACUGAGGCUGAGGAUAGGGAUGACGUUUUGGCUGAAGAAGGAACAAAGGCAAGAAAAGCAGUAUCGUCAGCCAAGAGAAAAAAGCGGAAAUUAAUGGGAGAAGGCAUGAAUAAAGAGGGUACAAAUGAGAUAACAGAUGUUACCAAAGUAGCAAGCUUAGACAAAGAUGCAUCUUCAUCUGGAAGGAAGAGAAGGAAAGUAAGUGAUAAAGCUGAUGGUGAUGGAAAAAAUGAGAUGGAAGAUAUUCUGGCUAAAGAAGGAGAGAACUUGGGCAAACCUUCAUCUAGAGGAAAGAAGAGGAAAGGCAAUGGUGAAGCUGAGGUUAGUAGUAGUGGCAGCAGUGAUUUGGUUUCUAAACCAAGGACAAGGAAAGGGAAGUUUUCUGAAUCUCAUGGAGCCGCAAACAAACAAGAUAGUAGCCUUGGAGCUGAUGGUAGUAGGGUGAAGAUGGAAAAUCUGAAGAGCCCUCCUUCAAGAGGAAGGAAGAAAAAGGAAACUUCCAAUAUUGAAGAUUCUGAUGGUGGGGGCAAAAUUAAAGAAAGGAGAGAGAACACCGUGUCUGCAGAAAAGAAUGUGGUUGGUGACCUUGGUGACAAUGGUAAGGCUAAAGAAGAACUUAUGAAGGGUUCUUCGCCAAGGGAAAGGAAGAGGAGCAAGUACCUGUCCCCUCCGUACACAAAUCUUAAUAAAGCAGAAAGAAAGAAAGGGAUAGAGGAAGAAUCCAUGAAGAUUUCCAGCGAGUCUCAAUUAGGGGAACAAGGGACUGAGGCUGCUGACCACCUUAUUGAGUCUCCAAUUAUGAAGUUCAGUGGUGAGAGAAAACCCUCCAAGGAACCUGGUUCAGGGCAUGAGACAUAUCAGAACAAUUAUGGUCUGAUGAUAGUUAAGGCAUCUGCAAGUGAACUUCUAUCUAAAAUACGGUCUGCAGCUCUUAAUCCACAAUAUCUGACAGAAACCAGCUCACAUGCUAUGAUUUGGGAAUUCUUUUCUGAAUUCAGAAGUUCAGUCUAUUGCAAUGAGUCCGAUUAUGAAAUGUACGUUGAACAUCUUCCAGGAAGAAAGAGGAAGCCGCAAAAAUCAGAAACUGGGCAAGAUCAGUCUGACCAGAGUUUACCUGAACAUAAAUCCCAGCGGGCAAAGACCAAAAAUAAUGAAGAAGCAAAAUUGGAUAAGCCCAAAGUUAAACAAGCUGUUGGUGCACCAGAAAUGAAGACAAAGGAAAAGCAGGCUGAAGGGGAAGGUCCAGGUGCUGCCCUUUAUGUGACAUUUGGUCCAGGAUCUUCUUUGCCUUCAAAGAAUGAUCUCCUUAAAAUAUAUGGAAAAUUUGGGGCAUUAAACAAAGAUGAAACUGACAUGCUCUACACUAAUUACUGUGCGAAGGUUGUCUUCUUAAAGAGCUCCGAGGCAGAAGAAGCAUUCAAUGAUUCUCAACUUUCCAGUCCCUUUGGAUCUGCUAAUGUGACUUUCCGGCUACGUUAUCUCUCUGCGGAAACCAAGACCCGGGAACUCAAAGAGAUUUCAAGGUCAAAGCAGCCUUCUUCUCUGGCCAAGGAGGGAACAGCUACAGCAGAAAUGGCAUCUGCAUCACAAUCUUCUGGAAGUGAAGUGUCACAACUGAACUAUAUAAAACAGAAGCUUGAGAUGGUAACAUCGUUGGUGGAGACAUCUGAAGGAAAAAUAUCCCAAGAUCUGAAAUCCAUUUUGGAAAGUGAAAUGAAGGUGCUAUUGGAGAAGGUAAGCACAAUGAUCAGUUCUUCAUCUUAGGACUGAUGUGCAGCUGAUAAGGUUAGAUGGUAAGCUCUUUUUUUUAAUUAAUUUUUUUUUUUUUUAAUUUUGAGAUACAGUUAUUGGUCAAUGUGCAGGUUUAGUGUAGUAUAGCAUGUUGGUUUCCUCAGAGGUUUAAGCAAUGUGUCUGUGUAUGGUGUUUAUAUGAGAUGGUUGGUGUUGUUCUUAGUUGAGGUGACUAAUUGCAUGCCAUAGAUUUCGUCAACAAAUUUAGAAACCAAUCAGUAAUAUAUAGUUUGUAUUGCAAUUUGCAACAGUUGGGGCUGUCAAUUUAUGGAAUACAAAUUCAGUAUUACAUCCAA